CCGUGAUUUCACGCGGAGUCGUAUAAACACCGUCGUUCCUAAAACCCCCUUUCUCACCGAAAACGGUGUAGGGUUUUCGGAAGAGGAAAGCGGUCGAAAGAGGGGGAUCGUCUCCUCCACUGCUCAGUUUUCAAGAUGGCAUUUGCCACUAGAGUUCAAAAUCUUCUUAAGAAAGCUGUAGCUUCCAAUCCAUCAGUAUACCAAGCAGUACGAUGCAUGUCAUCCUCGAAACUCUUUAUUGGAGGGCUGUCAUAUGGUACAGAUGAUCAAAGUCUAAAAGAAGCUUUCACACAUUAUGGUGAAGUUGUUGAAGCUAGAGUUAUCAUUGACCGAGAGUCUGGAAGGUCAAGGGGAUUUGGUUUUGUUACUUUCACAUCUAGUGAAGAGGCCUCAGCUGCCAUUACCGGCAUGGAUGGGAAGGAUCUUCAUGGCCGGAUGGUGAGGGUCAAUUAUGCCAAUGACCGUGGUGGUGGAUUCCGUAGCGGUUAUGGCGGUGGCGGAUAUGGUGGCGGCGGCGGAUAUGGCACUGGAGGCGGUUAUGGGGGCGGUGGAUAUGGCGGUGGUGGAUAUGGCGGUGGCAGUGGUGGUGGCUAUGGUGGCGGUGGUAAUAGUGGUGGUUAUGGUGGGGGUGGUGGGUACAGCAGAGGGGGCUAUGGUGGCGGUGCUGGCGGCUACAGUGGCGGUGGCACUGGUGGUAGUUACGGUGGAGAUAACUACAACACUGGAGAUGUUGAAAGCUAUGGUAGCGGCACCAGGGGUUAUGGUGGCAACAGUGUUGGUGGUGCUGGUGGGAAUUAUGGUGUUUCUGGUGGCAGCGAAGCGACCACAGGCUAUGGCAGCAGGACUGACCAAGGAGAUGACCAGUUUAAUGCUCAGGACGACUUCUUGGAGGAUGAUUUUAAGGACGACGANGGUGAGAAUGGUGGCGGUGAAGCGACCACAGGCUAUGGCAGCAGGACUGACCAAGGAGAUGACCAGUUUAAUGCUCAGGACGACUUCUUGGAGGAUGAUUUUAAGGACGACGAUGAUGACGAGCCUGAUGACUAUGCCAACAAGAAGAGGUGAUAUGCCAAAGAGGGUCUAAUAUACCAAAGCUCAUCGACUCUUCAAUGAGUUAGUUACUGGUUGUCAUCGACAACAGGUCCCCAGUAUUGUAUCUUGUUAUUUGACAGGAACUGUGAUGUUAUUUGAAAAAAAAAAAGAAAAAAAGGAAAAGUGUAUUAGAGAAUAACCUGUGAACCUGAUGUUCUGUAGGCUAUCAUAUGGGUACUUUCUUUUAUGCUUUCAUUUGUUUACUUGCUGCGAACCUCCGAAACAGUGAUGACAGUUAAUGUUACUUAUAUCUCGAGUAUUAUGUGAAUAAAAUUUGUUUCGUUUUCCAUUGCUGAGAA